UUUGAAAACGGAGUCGCACGCAAAAGGUUGUGUAUGUUGUGGCAAAGCGGCUCUUUGCGCGCUUUAAAAAACACAACAUUCUAAUUCCAACAUACUAAGAAACAGGGAACAAUGGCAGAGUACUUGGCAUCAAUUUUUGGUACAGAAAAAGACAAAGUAAACUGUUCGUUUUAUUUUAAAAUUGGUGCUUGCCGACACGGGGAUCGAUGCUCACGAAUUCAUAACAAGCCAACUUUCAGUCAGACAUGUUUAUUACAGAAUCUUUAUGUAAAUCCUCAGAAUUCAGCAAAAAGUGCAGAUGGAUCUCAUUUGGUUGCCAAUGUAUCUGACGAAGAAAUGCAAGAACACUACGAUAACUUCUUUGAAGAUGUCUUUGUUGAAUGUGAAGACAAGUAUGGUGAAAUAGAAGAAAUGAAUGUCUGUGACAAUCUGGGAGAUCACUUGGUUGGGAAUGUUUACAUUAAGUUUCGAAGAGAAGAGGAUGCAGAGAGAGCUGUUAACGACUUAAAUAACAGAUGGUUUGGUGGAAGACCAGUUUAUGCUGAACUUUCACCAGUUACUGACUUCAGGGAAGCUUGUUGCCGUCAGUAUGAAAUGGGAGAAUGUACUCGAUCAGGAUUUUGUAACUUUAUGCAUUUGAAACCUAUUUCUCGAGAAUUACGGCGUUAUCUGUACAGCCGCAAGAAGGGUGGUAAAGGUGGUAGAUCGAGAUCACGUUCACGAUCUCGUGGUCGUGACCGUAAGAGAAGAUCACGCUCUCGUGAUAGGAGAUCUAGAUCCAAAGAUCGUCGAAAAGGUAGAGAAGAUAAGGGUAGAGAUGGACGGUCUGGGAGGUACUAAUUAUAAUUUCCAUUUGUAAUAAUUCUUCAUAGAAGGGUCUAAAGUGAUCUUGUUAUCCUUUUGACUGUCUUGUCGGAAGAAAUGUAUUCAACGAUACAUUUUUAAACUUUCAUUCGCUAGUUAUCUGAAGAUCUUGAGAUAACAUUAACUUUUUUUUUCACUCAAACAGUAAGUUACAUAAAACGGAUAAAAAUGAACACGAGAUAUGUACUUUUCUAAAACGGAAUAAAAUAUAAUGCACACAUAAGUAUGUUUUAAAUGUUACGAUUGAGGGGCAGAGUAGCGUGAAAUUAUUUACUAUAUUAUUAUGU